ACAACAAAUUUAGCUUGUAAAAACAAAAUCAAUUAAAGAGAAAUUAAAAUUAUUAAUAGCUCUCAUAUUUAAUUCAAAACUUCUGCUCACUUGGGCAUCGGAAUAGCGUAUAUUGCCUUGAAACUUAGGCAUGUAAUCACAGAGCCAUUACCGUCCUUUCAAAAACAUGAAAAACAAACAAAACCCAAACCAAAAACACAGAAAACAAAAACGAAAACCACUAAAGAUCAGAGCUUGGUAAAGGUUAUCGGUCACGGUUCAUCAGAAACACGGACCAAAUGGAAUCACUCAUCAUUUCUAAGCCAAAGAUUGAAACUCAAAGCUAGAGACGAACGAAUUGGAGAAAUAAGGAGAGAGACGACUGGGUUUUGAGUUGAUUUUGUUAAGACAGGGAGCUCGAGGAAAACAAGAGACUGUGUUCCGUUUUAAUAGAGGAAGAAUGGGCAAGGAUUUUGUGUCUAAAACCCUAGAUUGAAACGAUGACGUAUAGAGAAAUAGACUGCAUUGUCUUGGGUUUGCAAAGCCCAGUGGGCUCAAAUGGGCUGCAUGUUUUUUUUCAAAAUGUGACAUGUAGAUAACGUAAUCAUUCUGAUUAUUCUUUAGCCAGUUAUCACCUUUCUUUAUAAAACCAGAGUAACGGUAUCGGUUAGUGAUGUUUAAAAUUGUGUUUAUUUGUCUUCCUCGUGAAUUGGCCUUUUUUAUAAGUCUCUCUCUCUGGCCUCUUCUAUUUUUGGUCUCCGAACUGUUAACACAUUCUUGGACACUGUAAAAUCUGGGAGAGAGAGAGGAAAAAGGAAAAAAUAAAAAAAACACUCAGAACCCAAGUCACAUUUCAAAUUUGAAUGCCCUUUUAACCCUCCUUUUGAACUUGUUAAUAACUUGCGUUGUGGUAAUGUAAGCCCGCGUCUCUCACGCUCUCUUUGACCACCUCGGUCAUCGCACCCUUGACCAUCUAUAUCUCUAACAUUUCUUUCUUUGACACAUUUCAUCAAGCAAUUUCAUUACAUUCUCACAAAUAUGAAUAAGUUUCAUCAUAACUCUGCAAAUUGUGACACUGAAUCUGCCAUUAGUACCAGUCUUCAUAGUAAUAGUUUUUCUAGUAGUAGUUCCAUUUCUGUGUCUGAUAAUAGUGUUAGUAGCAACUUAAGCAAUGGCACUGUUGAGGGAAGUAAGAAUGAGAGUGAAAAGAUUAGUUUUUUAGGUAGUGUUAAUGGAAAUGAGGGUAGUUUUAGAGGUUCUUCCCUUUCAAAGCCUCACAAAGGCAAUGACAUGAAGUGGGAUGCAGUGCAAUGUGUAAAAAGUAAAGAUGGUGAGUUGGGGUUGGGGCAGUUUAGGCUGUUGAAAAAACUUGGUUGUGGGGAUAUAGGGAGUGUUUAUUUGGCUGAGUUGAGAGAGCUGGGGUGUUUGUUUGCAAUGAAAGUGAUGGAUAAAGGUAUACUAGCUGGGAGGAAGAAGAUGGUGAGAGCUCAAACUGAGAGAGAAAUUCUAGGCUUGUUGGAUCAUCCAUUUCUGCCUACACUUUAUUCACAUUUUGAGACUGAUAAAUUUUCUUGCUUAUUGAUGGAGUUUUGUAGUGGUGGAGACCUUCAUACUCUCCGCCAACGCCAGCCCGGCAAGCAUUUUUCAGAACAAGCUACGAGGUUUUACACUUCUGAAGUGCUUCUUGCACUCGAAUAUCUGCACAUGAUGGGUGUGGUUUAUAGGGACUUAAAGCCAGAAAAUGUACUGGUAAGAGAGGAUGGUCAUAUCAUGCUCUCAGACUUUGAUUUGUCAUUGAGGUGUUUUGUAAGUCCCACUCUUGUUCAAUCCAGUGAUGACCCCUCUUGUAGAAUAUCUGCAUACUGUAUUCAGCCGUCAUGCAUUGAUCCAGCCUGCAAAUUACCGGUUUGUGUGGAACCUUCUUGCUUACAACCAACCUGUUUCAAGCCUUGUUUUCUCAACUACAAGACAGUAAAGCCGAAAAGUGAAAAACUGAAUUUGACAAAUUCGGAUUCACUUCCUGUACUGAUUGCUGAACCAACUGGUGCUCGUUCGAUGUCAUUUGUUGGGACCCAUGAAUAUUUGGCUCCUGAGAUAAUUAGAGGAGAUGGUCAUGGUAGUGCUGUUGAUUGGUGGACGUUUGGUAUUUUCUUGUACGAAUUACUGCUUGGUAGGACACCAUUUAAAGGUAGUGGAAACCGGGAGACAUUAUUUAAUGUUUUAGGUCAGCCCCUAAAAUUUCCCGAUGGAUCUGCUGUCAGUUUUGCUGCUAAGGAUUUGAUCCGGGGUCUACUUGCCAAGGACCCACAAAAAAGAUUAGGAUUCAAAAGAGGUGCCACAGAGAUUAAACAGCAUCCUUUCUUUGAGGGUGUUAAUUGGCCGUUGAUUCGCAGCACUCAUCCUCCAGAAAUCCCAAAACCUUUUGAUCUCUCAUUCUUAAAUCAUAAAUCAAAGUCAUCCUUGCCUCAAAAUGACAAGGGAACUACAGAUUCAGAUAGAUCAUCAGGUUCUCAUUUAGAUUUCGAAUUUUUCUAACAAAUUUUGCAACGUUAAUGUAAUGGUUAUUCUUAAGUUGCUAUAUUGACAUUGUUCCUGUGUUAUUCAUUUGCUCAAUGAAAUCUUUUCUCAUAGCACGACAUUAUAUUAA